GAAAUGACCAUUUCAAUAAGGUGGUUAAGUUACUUCUACUUCUUUUUAUCUUAUUACUUCUACUUUUUGUCCUUCUCUCUGUAAACACAAUAACUUGUAGAAGUAUCGAAUGAGUUCUUAGCAGAGGUGUAGAGUGGGGUCAUGUUAUUAGCUUAGUCAUUGUUUUAAUGAUUUGUUGGUGAAAAUUGAGAAAAAGCCUUAUAACUUAGAAACUAUGAUUCUUACAAGUGUGGUGUGUAUUCUUAACAUAUAGAAAGUACAUUAUAAAGAUUUUAAUUAUGUCACAUUUAUCCUUUGACUUCUCCUUCAAGGUCAAUAGAUUGAUCUGAAGGUCUAGAGCUACAUAAAAUGACAGGCAACAUUUUGUCGACUUGGGAUAUUUUUGAGUACAGUGAUUCAUUUUUUUGUAGAGUACAAUAACAGGUUAUAACUGUUUUAAUACAAAACAAUUACAAUACAUGUGCAGCAUUCCUGAAUACAUUUUUCUUUUUUAAGCAAAAACUCAUGAUCUAAAGCUUUUAAUUUGCUCUUUAUUAUUGAACAGUUAAACUAAUUUUACCAAACCGUACAAUGAAUGUUACAGAUGUACUAUAUAGCCACAUAAAAACACAAUUAUUCUCAAAAGUAGGUGAAGUAUAUUAAAAUGGGUUUCAACAGUGCAAAAACCAAAAGCAUGCACUUUGCACUUGUUUUUACUGUACUACACACUCCAGUACGUUGAAAAAGAACAAAGGAGAAAAAUGAAUACAUAGAACAAACAAUUCUAGUCCCAAAGUAAAUACUGGCUAGAGACUUAGCUGCCUUGGUGGAGGUUUGCGCUCUUGGAGUCUGUCUUGUUCAUCUUAGACUUAGUUCAUGCAACAUCAUAACCACAUUUGUGUCAGAGCUGCAGUUUCCUUUUGUUAUUGACAUAGAAAGCAACAGUCUGACCAAAUAUAUGUGUAACUUGGUUAAUAUGCAUCCUUUUUACAAUGCACAUUUAAACAGUAGCUCUGAACUAUUUUUUUUUUCUUCUUUUUUCAGCUAGUUUUGGUGUGUUCAUGUUUGGACUGGACUGUUGUAACGAAGGAAUUUCUUCUAUGGUGAUUUUAGGUGGCUCAGCAUGUUGAGAUAUGCUGUAUAAGCAUUCCUUAUGUUCUUUUAGUUUUAGGGUGACUGAUGCAUUGCUCUUGCAUUUCACUGAGCAAGCAUUUACUAGGACUGUUAGAGUUUGGAGGCCUAAGGUUAACAUGACCCCACAAAACAGGUUUUUGGGCAUAAUUCAAGAGUUUUGCACAAAUGUCUAUUAAAAUAAAAGUAAGUAAUGGACAAUGUAUUUCAAAAAGGGUAAAAGUCACUUGCAUCUCUCAUGUGGCUUUAAUUGAAACUGAGCAUUUAGUCCACUUUGUCAAAAAUAGUUUGUAUCAGAAGAUUUAAAAAAAAAUUGUCUGUCACCAUGAGAACAUGUUAAAUUUACUCCACAGUCACUCAGAUUAAAAACAGUAUGUUGUGUCCUACUGACAUAUACUAUUGAAGCAUAGCUGUAAGUAGAAGUACUUCUCUCUGCUGGAAAACAGUCAGAUGGCGGUGAAACACCUCAGACGACAUGAUUGUCCUGACCUGACAUCGGCGCUCACCAAACAAAUCACCAUGAAGACCCCCUUCGUCUCCUCUCCUAUGGACACUGUCACUGAAGCCAACAUGGCCAUCGCUAUGGCACUAACAGGUGGUAUAGGCUUCAUUCACCACAACUGCACUCCAGAGUUCCAGGCUAAUGAAGUUCGCAAAGUCAAGCGAUAUGAGCAGGGCUUCAUCACAGAUCCUGUGGUGAUGAGCCCCAACGAGCGAGUAAGGGAUGUCUUCCAGGCCAAGGCACGCCAUGGGUUCUGUGGCAUCCCUGUCACAGAUAACGGCAAAAUGGGCGGCAAGUUGGUGGGCAUCAUCUCAUCCAGAGACAUCGAUUUUCUGAAGGUGGAGGACCACGACCUUCCACUGAGUGAGGUGAUGACAAAGCGAGAUGAUCUGGUGGUUGCCCCCGCUGGGGUGACUCUGAAAGAAGCCAAUGAAAUCCUCCAGAGGAGUAAGAAAGGUAAAUUGCCCAUAGUGAAUGAAGAGGGGUCCCUGGUAUCCAUCAUCGCUCGCACAGACUUGAAGAAGAACAGAGACUUCCCCUUAGCUUCCAAAGAUUCUCGGAAACAGCUGCUGUGUGGUGCAGCCAUCGGCACACACGAUGACGACAAGUACCGACUGGACCUGUUGGUGCAGAGCGGAGUGGAUGCGGUUGUACUAGACUCAUCUCAGGGCAACUCGAUCUUCCAGAUCAAUAUGAUCAAAUAUAUUAAAGAAAAGUACCCCAACCUGCAGGUCAUCGGUGGCAAUGUCGUGACUGCAGCUCAGGCCAAGAAUCUGAUUGAUGCAGGAGUGGAUGCACUGAGAGUGGGGAUGGGCAGCGGCUCCAUCUGCAUCACGCAGGAAGCUCCCCUCAGUGUACCACCAGCUAUAAAGCUCCACAGCCCCAAAACCCCAACCACUGUUACGGGAUACUCCAUGCUGGCAUGUGGCAGACCCCAAGCCACAGCUGUCUAUAAGGUUUCAGAGUAUGCCAGGCGUUUUGGCGUUCCGGUCAUCGCUGACGGCGGCAUCCAGACCGUUGGCCACACCGCAAAGGCCCUAGCACUUGGAGCCUCCACAGUGAUGAUGGGUUCUCUGCUGGCUGCUACUAGUGAAGCUCCUGGUGAAUAUUUCUUCUCUGAUGGCAUCAGGCUGAAGAAAUACCGUGGCAUGGGCUCCCUGGACGCCAUGGACAAAAACCUGGGCUCCCAGACCAGAUACUUCAGUGAGAACGAUAAGAUUAAAGUCGCUCAGGGUGUUUCCGGAGCUGUGCAGGACAAAGGCUCCAUCCACAAGUUUGUUCCUUACCUGCUCGCUGGCAUUCAGCACUCCUGCCAGGACAUCGGAGCUAAAAGCCUAACCCAACUGAGAGCCAUGAUGUACUCUGGAGACCUGAAAUUUGAAAAGAGAACAACAUCAGCUCAGAAAGAAGGCGGAGUCCACAGCUUGCACAGUUACGAGAAACGUCUCUUUUAAGGAGAAGCUUGUCUUCUGAUGGAGAAUCCUUCCAACAGACAUUAUGCAAAAACACUACUUGCCAGAUCAUCUGAUAGCUGUAUUUGACGCACACCCACAACUACACUUCUCAUUAGAGUAGUCUGUAAAGAUCAACCUCUCUCAAACUCCACUCUUCCAGUGAUCCAUUAGUCUUCCUGCCAGUGUCAUCUAUGCAUAGUCUGUUUUAAAUGUGAAGGACUGAAUUAAAGCAUUUCAAUAAGUGCACGGGUGAUUGUGUCAUGAAAAUAUCCAGUGCUUUUCCAUGUUAUUUCAAAGUAUUUGAACCCUGCUGUGUCCAUUUCAAGAUGAAAAAUGUCCAGUAAUAAAGCAUGUUUUUCAUAAGUG